AGGGCCUCGGGCCCGGGGACCCGUGGAGGAUGAGCUGGCUCUUUCCCCUAACCAAGAGCGCCUCCUCCUCCGCAGCUGGGUCCCCCGGUGGCCUCACCAGCCUCCAACAGCAGAAGCAGCGCCUCAUAGAGUCCCUCCGGAAUUCACACUCCAGUAUAGCUGAAAUACAGAAAGAUGUGGAAUACAGGUUGCCAUUCACCGUAAACAACCUGACAAUUAAUAUUAAUAUAUUGCUUCCUCCACAAUUUCCUCAGGAAAAACCAGUGAUCAGUGUUUAUCCACCAAUACGACAUCACUUAAUGGAUAAACAAGGGGUAUAUGUUACCUCUCCGUUAGUAAACAAUUUUACAAUGCACUCAGAUCUUGGAAAAAUUAUUCAGAGUCUGUUGGAUGAGUUUUGGAAGAAUCCUCCAGUUUUAGCUCCUUCUUCAACAGCAUUUCCAUACCUAUACAGUAAUCCAGGUGGGAUGCCUCCUUAUGCAUCUCAGGGUUUCCCAUUUCUUCCUCCAUAUCCCCCACAAGAAGCUAACAGGACUAUCACUUCUUUGUCUGUUGCUGACACUAUUUCUUCUUCAACAACAAGUUACACACCAGCCAAACCUGCUGCUCCUUCUUUUGGCAUCCUUUCAAAUCUGCCAUUACCUGUUCCUACAACGGACACUUCAGCACCGAUAAGCCAGGAUGGUUUCGGUUACAAGAUGCCAGAUGUACCUGAUACGUUUCCAGAACUCUCAGAACUAAGUGUGUCACAGCUUACAGAUAUGAAUGAACAAGAGGAGAUAUUACUAGAACAGUUUCUGACUUUGCCCCAACUAAAACAGAUUAUUACUGACAAGGAUGACUUAGUAAAAAGUAUUGAAGAGCUAGCAAGAAAAAAUCUCCUUUUGGAGCCCAGCUUGGAAGCCAAAAGGCAAACUGUUUUAGAUAAGUAUGAAUUGCUUACACAGCUGAAAUCUACUUUUGAAAAGAAGAUGCAAAGGCAGCAUGAACUCAGUGAGAGCUGUAGUGCGAGUGCCCUACAGGCAAGAUUGAAAGUAGCUGCACAUGAAGCUGAGGAAGAAUCGGAUAAUAUUGCUGAAGAUUUCUUAGAGGGAAAAACUGAAAUAGAUGAUUUCCUCAGUAGCUUCAUGGAAAAGAGAACUAUCUGCCACUGUAGAAGAGCCAAGGAAGAGAAACUUCAACAAGCAAUAGCAAUGCACAGCCAAUUUCAUGCCCCGCUAUAGAUUUUCCUGAAAACAUAAACUGCCAAGACAGAAAUGACACAAGACUAAGCACAUUUUUACGUAUGAUUUGCAAAUUGGCAUUUCAUCACAGUGGCUGAAUUUAUAGAUAUCCUGUAUAGAUCGUUUAGAGAACUGAGACUGCUUUUGUACAGAUUAGAAUGACUGCUGUGGUCUUUGCUUUGAGAAGUUUUUCUGCACGAUUUGCACUAUAAAUGUUUAUUUAUUGUUGAUCAGUCCUAUCAUAUUUAAAUUCCACUGCUGUUCCUCCGUUAUUAUUAAUUACCUAUGCAUGUAAUUUUAGCUAGUAUCAGUAUUUUAUAAAAUUGCUUCAUUUAAAUUUAUAUUUUUAAUUUGAAACUGCCUCAUUUCUUUAUCAAAAAUGGUUUGUUUAGAUAUUUUUCCUCUCAGUCUUUUUGAAAAAUUACUAUUUUCAGCUGUAGAAAGCCUUAUUUUUCCUUCUUUCCAGAUGAUGAAACUUUCAAAAAACAUUUGUUUUUAAAUAUUCACAGUGUCAGGAAAUACCAAACCUACUAAUGUGCCAUCUCAAGAAAGUAACUUUUAAUACACAGUGUAUCAAGAGAAUACAUCAGCUGCUCAUAUAUUAUUUAAUUUUUAAAAUUAAGGAUGCAUUUAAGAAGCAAUACAGUUAAAUAAUUCUUUUACCUAAUAGAAAAAAAUUGCCUUCCACUUCAUCUAGUCCAACAUAAACUUUCAUACUAAUUUUUUUAUAAAAGUAUCUGAUAAGCUUAUGAUUGGAUAAUGAUAUACUUUCUAAAUUCCUAAUGUUAAAAACAAUCUUUUUGUUAAUAAAUAGUAAAUCUAGACACACAAGUCAAUGAAUUUUUUUGACCUUUACUGUGAGUUAGUUUUUCAUAAGAGAACAGCUUUAGUAAUAAAAUUAAUAUUUAACUUUUAGGCAGUCUAGUUUUUAAUUAAUUUUAUUGAAUUUGCUCUUUAAAUUGUACUAUGUUCAGCAGUUUGCUUCUAACAGUGUUGGAGAAUGAACACAUUUUGUGGGUAGCUGUAAAAGCUAAUAAAGGAGAAAAUCUGUAGCUAUAUGUAUCUGAGGCUUCAUAAGGUUGUGUCUAAAUCACAAAACAGCAUAAUGCAUAUUUUUGUUUAAAUUUCCAUCCCAAUACGUAUUGUUAUUCCAAAUGCCAGCAUAUGGUACUACAGGUUUUUUGGUUUUUCUUAUUCUUUUUCUUUCUGUACACGUUCUUGGCAAUAGAACUUUAGGAAAAACAAAAUUAUUUUCUUAGACUUGAAAAAUAAUAAUCUGUCUUUGUGGAAGAGCAAGUAUUCAUAUGGACUAUAAAUAUAUAAUUGGAAUAAAGAUACUGACUUUCAUAAUUGCCUGUCUCACUGGCACUGUGCUAAGGGCAUGCUGUUUAAUCUUCAAAAUGACCAGACAUGAUUUUUAUGGAUUUGUAAAUGAAAUAACCCGAGGUAAGUGUUUUAAAUUUGUGGCAGUCUUCUGGGUAUUCAGAAACCUUUCCGUAUAAGAAGACCAGCAGGACUUCUAAUUUUCCCAGCAGUCACUGCAAUGGAGGACAUAAUAGCCCCAGUCUAUUGCAAAUAAUCAGUAGCUUUCGUAUAAACUGUGUAGAACCUAUAACAAGAGAAGAGCAGAUCACAGCCAUUUUAAAGGGACAUUAAUUCAUUUGAUCUGCUAAUUUUAUUUAACACCUAUUCAGAGUAAGACACAGUGGAAAUGCUGUACAGUAACUCAAAUAUGGUUUAGGUGCUUAGGUGCUCAUCUGCCUUCCCCUCCACACAAAAACAAACAAACCCCCCCAAACAAACAAAAAACCCACAUUUUCUUACACAGUAAAUUUCCUCUAUGUAAUCACGUAGUGCAUCUCAGUAUUGUUUAAACCAAACUGUCCUGGUUUCAUUCUAUACCAGUUAACAUAGCUUCUUCCUCUUUCCAAAAUUAAUUUAUUAGGCAACUUCCUUACAACCCAGUCAUUAAAAAAGAGGACUUUGAUCAUGAAUAUCUGCAUUAACCAACAGACAAUUUAGUUCAGAUAUAGGUUGUAUAAGUUGUCCAAGACAGAAAAAAAAGUCUUCAUUUGAAUAAUUCUCUGUGAAUUUUGGUUUCUAUUGCAGUAGAAAAAGUAAAUGAGUUUUUGGGUAAUAUUAUGGCUGUGUCUAAAAAGUGGUCAUUUGGAGAAGUGCCAUGGGGAGAAAAACGCCUGCCAAGGCAGAGGUUCUGAUUUUACUUUAACAUGUGAGAGAAGGCCAGAUGGAAAUCAGAAAAUAGAGGAAAGCUUAGGAGUUACUAUUCAGAGUAGAGGUUUGUCAUGGGUAGAAAUUUAAACACUAAUAUCUCAAAUCGAAGAAAGUUGUCUAAAUAAAUGGGAUAUACAGUAAAGAUACCUGUUUCAAAGUUGGAAACAAGAGUAGGAAAUUUAUAUUGGAAUAGAGGCUGUUUGACAGGAAAGUUUGAUCAUAAAUUACAUUUGCUUAAGUUGAAGGAAUUUCAGUGAAAACUGGAAUUCAUUUUUAGGGGAAGAAGGUAAACUUUUUGAUCUUAAAGAAUAAAACCAUAUCCCAAGGUUUCCCCUAUCCUCACCUAACUUUAUUUUUUAAAAAGUUCCUUUGUUGAUUGCUGAAUCAUGGUCAAAGUUUUAUUUACCUACUUCAAAUCGUUAAAUUUUCCCGAGUAUCACUAAAUAACAAGUCACUUGAGCUUUAAAUGUUACUAGUUGGGAAGUAGUCUGCCUUGAGUCAGUUUUAUAUUAGUUUAUUACCUAUGCUUUAAAACAGGUGCCAUAAAUAAAAUACUUCCUGAUUGAUGUUCGAUUUAAAAUGAAAAUGUGCUAUUAGAGAUUUUAGUCUUUUGGAUUGGCCAUGCUCUUUCAAGACCCUGUGAAAGCAUAGUAAAGUUUUAAUAUGCAGUAAAUGUAACUUUUUAUAUAAAUAUCAGUGUUAGAUUAACUUCUAAUAUGUAGUGUAAAUGAACAUAUGUAUAAAUUAUAGUAUCUUGUAAAAUGGGGAGGCUGAAAAAAGAGUUUAUGUGUCUGAUGUGAAAGACAUCACAUUAAAGACAUUUUAAAAUAUCAAAUAUUUAUACUAUUUGUGUUUCAAAAUAAAUGCAUAAUUUUGUUUCAUAUAUGUACUGUGUCAUUUUUUAAAUAAUUUUUAUUUCUCUGUUUUUGUAGAUAUAAACUGCCAAAUGGAAGAAGUUAAAAUCUCAUCCUCAGUAUCAGGCAAAGAAGUUUCUAAGAGUUGAUAACUACAGGAAUGGCAUGUAGUAAGUUGUGUUAUAAAAAUGCAAAAUCCAUUACAACUAUAUCCUAUUUCAAGUAUCAUUAAUAAGGUAUUACUGUAUACACUAAAUUGCAGAAAAUGAACAAAUAUUCCUCAGUAGAGUAUGCUUAAAUUUUAUAUUCUAAAAGAAUUACACUUGUUUUAUUUAUAUUAACAGAGUACUUUUAUAUUACACAUCCCUAAUAUACUAGAGUUCUGUUUUUAAGUGAUUAACACAUAAAUGAUUACAGUUGACUUUUGAACAGUAUGGAGGUUAGGGGCGCCUACUUCCUGCACAGACAAAAAUCUAUGUACAAUUUUUAACUCCUCAAAAAUUUAGUCACUAGUAGCCUGCUGUUGCCUAGAAGCCUUAUUGAUAACAUAAACAAUUGGUUACCACAUAUUUUGUUAUACAUAUAAUUAUACUGUAUUCUUAUAAUAAAGUAAGCUAGAGAAAAAAUGUUAAAAUCAUAAGAGAAAAUACAUUUAUACUACUGUACUUUAUUGAAAAAUAAACUUCAAACUGAUAUUGUCCAAGGGUCAACUGAA